ACUGUUUUUUUUUUUUUUCGUUUUGGGACGUUGCUUGUAUUAAUUCGGAUCAAGGCACAAGUCGAAAAUAAGACAGUGGGUUUGUAAUAGGAUUGGCGUAUUUGUCUACUGCAAACCACUGUUUCGUCUGUGAUGGAAAACAAGCGUUGUUUUGCCAACCGCUUCGCUGACUACAAAGGUGCCCUGUGUACCGGGCAAGACAACGAUGCGAUAGUGCGCAAGGUGAUAGCGACCAUUGAGAAAAUUCUAAAGAAGGUUCCAACUGAUUUAAAUGACUGCGACGGGGGGCUGUACGACGGCCCGGCCGGCGUUGCAUAUAUGUUAUACUACGUCUCAGAAUGCCCUUUGUUUUCUCAGCAAAGGGACGUCUACCUUAAAACAGCGAAGCAGGUAAUAGACGUAUCCGUGAGGUACGUUGACGGGGAGCAAGACAAGAACAUGCGAGCCGCGUUCCUUCUCGGUGGAGCUGGAAUCUACGCCGUGGCUGCAAUGGUCUACAAAGCUUUAGGCUUGUCAGACUUUGUGAAGCCCCUCACUAAAUUUCGGAACCUGUGGGAAGUGUGUGCUCCGAUCAACUUCCUUGAGUGCGGCUCUGAUGAGCUGUUCGUGGGUAGAUCCGGUUAUCUGUGCGCAGCCUUGGUACUGAAACAGAAACUUGAAAUUGAGAUUCUGAGUCCGGAUCAGAUAAGGGCAAUUUGCCGGGCUAUUAUUGAGUCUGGUAAGCAGUACGCCAGAAAGAAAAGGAAAGCCUUUCCCCUUAUGUACUCGUACUACGGCACGGAAUAUUUGGGUGCAGCCCAUGGCCUCUCCUCCAUUCUGCAGAUGCUGCUGUCCUACCAGGAGCUGCUGUCCUCAGGAGAGAGGGAGCUCGUGUGGCAGAGUGUGGACUUCCUGAUGAACCAGGAGCAGAACUGCAACUGGCCUGCUGAGUUGGGGGCCAUGAUUGAGAGGGAGAACGAGCUGGUGCACUGGUGCCAUGGUGCUCCUGGUGUGGCCUACCUGUUUGCCAAAGCCUACCUGAUCAACAAGAAGCCACAGUACCUGGACACCUGCAUAUGCAGUGGGGAGCUGGUGUGGCAGAAGGGUCUUCUGAAGAAGGGCCCGGGAAUCUGCCACGGGGUGGCAGGAAGUGCUUAUGUCUUCCUGCUCCUGUACCGCCUGACCGGAAACUCCAAGUACAUGUAUCGUGCACAGAGGUUCGCUGAGUUCCUGUUCAGCGAUGAGUUCAAGGUGGGUUCCUGCUCCGUGACCAGCAUCUACAGCCUGUUUGAAGGUCUCUCGGGGACCGUGUGCUUCCUGGUCGAUCUCCUCCAGCCUGACAAGUCUGAGUUUCCUCUCUUUAGUGUCUUUGUGUAGACAUUCUCAUGGCAGACAUUAAAACUGUGACCACCAGACAGGGCCCAAGCUGGUGUUAGAUCAGGGGUGCACGACAGGGGAGCAGCCUCAUCCAUUUCAGGAUUUCAUGCCAACCUCCUCUAUUGAGUAUUUAAUUGGUCCAAUCUUCCCUUUGAUCUGAUAUUGAGUGAGUUACAGCUGCAGACUGAACAUGUGUCCUUGGUUAAACAUGUUGCUGUGGUAAGAUGCAGGAGUGAACCAGCAUUGGAGAUACAGCUGUUUAGAAAAUUAAACCAGAAUAAUUAGCAGGAACAAAUACCAGCAAACAUGCCAGCACUCCAGGACUGGAGUUGUGCACCCCUACAUUAUAUUGGCAGUGAGUGUUAUUUCAAAGCCGAUAUCAUUUUGUUUCAAUUCACUGUUCACUGUGACUAUUGUUGCUUGAGUUAUCUUGGGUGGAAAAGGUUAUUGGGGUGUUUAGAUUUUAAUGUGACUGUGGUCAUAGUCAAAGGACUAACAUAUGGAAAACUUGGCAGCAAAUAAAAUGUUAGUGUCUUCUGGUGAUGUGCAUUGUGAAAAAGUGUCUCCCUUUCCUGUGACGUCUGUUAUUUUUAGUACAUGCAUUUUCUGCUGCUCAGUGAGCCUCUGUAUACAAUGUCACAUGACCUUGCGAGGCCACACCUUAAAUUACAUCACUUAUUAUUAACGCAAUGAGUUGGUUUAACAGACAUAAAAUCGCUUGAAAUGCUUAAAAAAUAUAUCUGCUGCUCGUUUUCAGCUUCGCUGGCUCUACGCCACUUCUCUUUAACAGGGUAAAGUCUCACGGGUAUGCUUGUUUAUUUUCUGGGCCUGCUUAGGCUUGUCCAGAUUGAUGAACACUCUUAUUCACAACAUAAUAGGCACUGCUCCAAUGUUCAAGACACUGUGGAGGAGUCUCGUUGCCCAUCACCUGUUCACAGUUCAGAUCCAGUCUCACUGCCAAAAGCAUCUGGACCGUAAAGUUUGUUUGUGAUACCAGUUUCAAUGCAACCGGGGCUGUGCUAAUCAAAUUCUGGAUUAAUUAUAUGUUUUCUGAAAAAAGUGGGAGUGAGCAUCUUAUUUCCUUCUACAUAAAACAGGGCCUGGAUUCAGUGCAAAUAUGCACUGUUUAAUUGGUGAAUCAGUGAGGCAUUCAUCAUUUCAGCUUGUAAUCAAGCUGUUUUGUGAUUGGUUCUGAUUGCUCAGUGAACUGCUGUAGUAUCUUGGUGUGAUCUCAACAUUUAUAUUAGCAGUGAGUGCCUUGUGGUUCUUUGCUGUGUACUUCUCAACACUGUAGAUGAUUGGGUUCAUUUAAAGACUGGAAGUGUGUCUUCUUUCUUAGUGUGCAGUCCUCUCUGAUUGGUGAAGGUAGUCAAUGAACCAAUAAAAGACAAGUCCUCAUUCUGCUCAAGGAGAAAAGUUGCAUAUUUAUAUUUAAGCUGUGCUUUGUUCUAUAACCCUAGAAAGGCACUUAUACACAAAAAAGCAUUAUAAUUCCAUAUAUAUGUAAACGUACUGUGCUUCACUUUACAAUAAGCCCGCUUUUAGACUUGUAGUGUAAUAAUGCUUUAUACUUCCACAUUUUUAAGGGUUUUCUAAACUAAAUAAUAUUUGACUGUACUGUUAUUGUAAUGUCGUUAUUGUUGUCAAUUUAUAGUUUUAUGGAUGGAUUUGUGUCGAUUUUUAUGUUUGUAAUAAUGAUGGUGUUCAGACACAUUGCAAUGAUUUUUGUUUUGUUUUUUGCUUUUUGUGUUUGUCUGUGCAGGGUAAGUGUCAAAUGAAUUAAAAUAAUGUAUCUAUCUAUCUAA